UGCCGUUUGAAUUUUCAGUUUCACUUCUACUUUCAGCCGAAGUGGGCGUAAAUUUUUUGUUUGUUGUGUCUUGCGAGUACUUUUUUCAGAUUCUAUUGAACACCCCCAUAAAAACAUUCUCAGACUCGGCGCUGAACGUUUGUGAGAGCUUUGAAAGUUCGCCAGCCUCCCGGUUCCCAAAUGGUACAUCAAAGUCAAUGUUAAACAAGCGCUUUUGUGUAAUCUGCAUACACCGGAGCGAGGUGCGAAUUUUAGGUGCGUAGAAGAAGAAACAAAACAAAGUGAAACAGUCGGCAAGUUCAUAUCACAUGUGUCGAACGCGAUUUAAUUAGCUGGUACCCAUCUCUCGGCAUGUAGUGUUGGAUAAAAAAAGAAGCAUAUUUGAAUAAAUGACGUGCCGUAUCAAUAUUGAGACGAAGUUUAUUGAUCUCCUGUGUCGGGGACAGAAAAUACACAAAAGCCAAUAGAGAGCAGAAAAAUGUCAGCUGACGCAGAGCUCUUUACCAUCCUGAACCGCCGGCAGCAGAUUAACGAUGCACUGGAGAAUGGCGAGGAGGUGAAACACUCCUACCGUGUGGUCAACAUCUACACCGAGUUUCACGAGUUCUCGCGGAAGGAGAUCAAGGACUAUCAGACUACCUUUUCCAAGUAUGACGUUGGCAAGGAUGGUUUCCUCGAUCUCGCCGAGCUGAAGAUCAUGAUGGAGAAGCUCGGUGCCCCACAGACCCAUCUCGGGCUGAAGGGAAUGAUUGCGGAAGUGGACGAAGACAAGGACGGCAAGAUAUCGUUCCGCGAGUUUCUACUAAUUUACAGAAAAGCACGCGCCGGUGAACUGGUUUCCGAUUCCGGUCUCGGUCAGCUGGCACGGCUCACCGAAAUCAAUGUCGACGAGGUCGGAGUGAAUGGAGCGAAAAACUUUUUCGAAGCCAAAAUCGAGCAGCAAUUGAGGACAAACAAAUUCCACGACGAAAUUAGGCAAGAACAAGAUGAGAAGCGUCGAAUGGAGGAGGAGCGGGUUCAUCGGCGGCAACAGUUCCAACAGCGGGCUGCUGUUUUCCAGUAAAGAUCCUUUUUGAAGAUUCCGUUCCUGGAGUGGUACACAAAAAAAACAAAGAUCGCGCGAUGUCAUGCGCUUCCCUUUAUGCACGAUCAAAGUGUGGGUUAUAUAGGAAAUUUCUGUAAAUGUGUAAAUGUUUAAUGUUAGUUUCAAAGUUAGUCAUACUAAGUUUAAAAUACUUUGACAAAGAGGUGAAAAAAUAUGUGUCAUUUUAAAUUUAUUGUUUUAUCGUCUUGAUACAGAAUUUUAUUCGAUAUUGACCUGUAAAGCUGGGAUUCCGUUGAAGCAACAUGUAGCCUGUGUGCGUCCCCUCUAUACAAUUGACGUGUCAGAGAGUGUCAACGGAUAGGCGUCUCAGUGGAAUCCUGGCCCCUCGAAACAUAUACUAUUCUUUCAAAGAGAAAUCAAAUGUGAUAUUGAAGGAAUCAAAGGAAGUGGAAAGCAAGCCUUAGUAGUUAGCAGAAGCUGAGCUCGAAGAAUCUUAGGUAGACGAAGGAGGGAGAAUGAAUGGCCAUAUUUUCGCUACUUUCCACAAUAGGAGGAGUAUGCGAUAGGAGAAAUUAUCUCAAUCUUUUAAUUUCUGUAUUAGAUUCUUUUCGAUUGUUAGUUAUAUAAAAAAGCAGUUUACUUCCACUCAAAUCGAACACUACGAACAAGUCUCUGUCCAUUUUUACCAAUACGAUGUAUUUUAUCGAUAGUAGGGAUUUAAGAGACACUGGAAGAAUAAAGUGGUGGAAAGGUUAGGGUAAUGAUGGAUUCGAAUGAGAUAGAUAUAUUUUUAUAGACAGGAUUUGCUGCGAGCCAGGAACUAGCGUGUGUGCAGAGUGAAGAUCACGAAAUGUAGAUAAAUAAGUGGGACAACACGUUUGAUAUCCUUAGGCUUUCAACAGCAAUAUUGUGUAGAGUUUAAGUUGUUUUUAUUAGUGGCUUCAACGUUUGAGAGUUACAAAUAAAUGUUACAAUCUUAAAAGCACUUGAA